AUGUGUGAAGAAGAUGGUCCGAAAUCAGCGAUUUCGUUUGCAAUGGUUAUAGCGGGAUCUGUGAUUUCAAUCGUCUCAAUUUCAAAUAAUGUUCUUCUUUUCAUUUCACUCAUCAGGAACAAUCGAUGCUUCAAAUGUUAUUUUCAUUUCAUUCUUGCCCUUUGUUUCUUCGACAUCAUCAUCUCGGUCUGUUACAUGCCUGUUAUUCUCGUGGAUUCUCUUAAAGACUGGACGAAAUGGAUUGAACUAGCCAGAGCUUGGUGGCCAUUUUUUGUGUAUGGACUGGCAAUGACACAUGUUUGUAUGACUAGCGCUUGUUAUAUUCUGAUAGCGGUUGCAUACGAGAGAUAUUUGAUAACAGUGAGAAGUUACAUGUUGAAGCAGUUCCAAAAACGAAGAAGUUGGUGGUGCUUUGCUUGUCUUGCUAUCGGAAUCUUAACGAAAGGAGGAAUGUUAAUCGAAUUAGAUGUAUUUCCAAGUGAAGAUGAAUCUUGUAAAAAUACCGUAAUGGAAUACUUUGUGGAUGUAACUGAAGUCACUAAAUCUGUAUGGUACGGGACGAUUUACAAGUUCUGGAUCCGUAAUAUCGCUACCGUAUUCCUUCCAUUCUUCCUUCUCUUAUUAAUCAAUCUUGGAAUAGUUCUGGAACUCCGAUCACAAAUGCAACAUGCGUUUGGAAACAGAUCCAGAAGACGUUUCUCGUUAAGAAUGCAAAGUCGGACAAACGUACGUCAGGCGACCGCCACAAUGCUAUUCAUAUGUGUAAUUUAUCUGAUAUCAAAUGUGGUGAAUGUGUUCAUCACAGCAUGGGAGUUUGUGGAUAUUGAGUCAUUACAAACGAGAUUUUUGGAAGAGUACAUGUUGUCUGCUGACCUAUCAUCAGUACUUGUUGUAACUGCUUGUGCACUUCGUCUUCCCAUUUAUAUGCUUUGCAAUCCAGAACUCCGAAAAGCCGUUAAGAAAUCCUUUACCCAUAAAAGCGAACAUCAACAGAAAAUGCAUCAAACAUUUUCUCUAAUCGCCAAAAUUCUAGUUUAA